GUAAACUGUAAAGGUAUAGUUUGCACUUUGCAGUUUGGAGUUUGCUAGUUUGGACAAAUAUUUUUUUGAUAGCUCAGCUGCAUCUUUGGACACUUCUUACAUUUCUGUGGCGGAAGUUUGCCUUUUGCAGCUGUUGUUCGUGCUCAAAAUUGCAUUAGUAACCGUCAACCGAUUAUAGUAACCAUUUCAUACGGAGUUUCUAUAUCGCAUAUUCGGACCUUUAAAAUAUGGACGACCUGGAUGAUAGUUUCGUUAGCUCCGGACUUCCGGAGGCGCCUAAGACAGAGCCACUUUCAGAAUCUUACCCACCCAUUUCAUCGACCCCACCAGAAAAUGAUGUGGGCCCCAUGUGCAUAGUUAUCAGUCCGCUGAUACGAAAGCAACUUAUGCGCGGAGUACCUUUGAUCGUCGGUACCAGUGCGGACGCUGUUGAGGCAUUCUUCCAGCGCCUCGUUGCUUUAUGCCAAGCAGAUUCCCACAUGCCAGUAAUGUUUCAAACACUGGAUGGUGCUGUCACGGUGGCCAACAUCCGGAAAAAGAAUGAAAAAAAGCUGAAGCCUUCAGUUAGUGAACCUACUUCGAAGUCGAACCCUAAGCGGUAUCAUCUUCCCCGGGGAAACACUACGAAGCCUCCUGAUAAAAAGCCCAAACCUACGCAGCCGGAUGAAAUCUUUUCUGCAGCGCCUUCUGCCACCUCAAAAGUCGUUAGGAAGCGUGUCAAAGAUAUUUCUAAAGCAGAAUCUGACGACACGUCGGAAACCGCACAGGAAAUGCUGGGAGAAGCUCCGGCUCCAAAAUCCCAUGCUACAAAAAACGAUGAAAUCCCCUUAGAAGCCGUCCGCUUAUAUCUCAAGUACCAGCGCUAUGGUCCUGGGUGGAGCAUGACCGAAAAAAGGAAUCUCCGCAAACGUGCUAAGGAUUUCUUGUUGGAUUCUGAUGGCACCUUGUUGUACAGAGCCAAGGACGGUCGCCGACUGAUAUGCGUUGAAGACCGAAGAGAACGAAUGGAUCUCAUUUGGGAAAUACACGAUGAGAAACAUCCGAAACGUGAUGCUGUGCUGGAAAUUUUGAGACGAAGAUACUACUGGAAAUCCAUGUUUCGUGACGUCGUAGAAGUAAUUACAACUUGCCCUGUCUGUGCUGUUGAGCGGGAAAUGAGAGUAGGCAUUAUAGCGCCGACGCAGGAAGAGAUGCAUCCUACUGGAUCAAGCGCUAACGCUGACAGUCUUGACACGCAGACAUGUGCCGCGGAAGAAUAUUUCUCCGAAGCUUCUUCAGGUGACCAGCUUUCUGUGACUGACGAUUGUGAUUAAUGAAUUGGAGCAUUAAAGCGCACACAUGACGUUAGCGAAAUUGUAUUACGUUGCACAUAAUGGUGCAUGAAAAUCGGUCUGCGAUACCGACACGACGGUGUUUUACAUGGGUACGAGUACUCGGUUAUGGUCAAAUUAUGAAUCUUGGUUACCACUGUAAUGGCUUAUGGAAAAUUACAAGACAAAAAAAUUUCUGUGCAAAAUGCGGUCCAAGCAAUUAUAAAAAAUAUUUG